GAAGGUGGCGGGGGAGGAGGAGGAGGAAGGGGAGGAGGAGCAAGGGCAUAACUAUCUAGCAGAUGAUGGAGAAGAUCAGUUUGAAACUAUUCAACAGGAGUUCCAGGAGGUGCUGACGGAGUUAGCCAAGGAUAAGUCCAUGGACGCGUUCAGGGGGGAGUACGAGAAGCUCUUCAAUACCCUUGAGAAAUCUAAUAAAAAUGAGAAAAGAUUGAGAACUAAGUGCAAAGAGUUGGUUUCAGAAAUAUCUCUGCACAUCUCUAAAGUUGAUCUUGCACAAGAUCAAUCACAGGAGGACCAGAACACCAUCAAGUCUCUGAAGAAGGAGAUAGAGAAGGCCUGGAAGAUGGUUGAUACUGCUCAAGAAGGGGAGGAGAGGGCUAGAGAAACCAUUGAAACCUUAAAUACUGAGAUUCAGAAUCUAACAAAGGUGAUAGAGGAGAAAACUUUGGGAGCUGAGGAUAAUAAUAUAAAUGAACUCCGUAAACUUAGGGAUGAAUUAACACAGCAAAGGGAUGGUUUACAGCUAGAUCUGGCAGAUAUUAAAGUCAAAUUUGAGAUGAACGAGAAGGAGGUGAAGGAACUGAAAUCUGAAAAGUUGAAACUGGAGAAAGAUGUUGCAGAUCUACAGUCUGAAGCUCAAACAAGAAACAACGAGAUGAAUCGUGAGAUGAGGAGAAAGGAACGCGCUGAACGAGAACUCAAGCAGCUUAAAAACGAUAUUCUAGCGAAGGAGAAACAGCUCUCAGAACAGCUGAUGGUUAAGAAACAGCUGACCGAUAAUAUUUCAAGGUAA